GGCGGUGCCGAGUGGGUAAGCUGGCGGUCAGCCGGCCGGAUGAUGCGGCGGCUGGCUGCAGCAGCUCCGACCGGGCCCUGGCUCCUGGCUGCCGUCCUGGUCGGUGCCGCGCUGGCGCAGCAUUCGGUGCUACUCGACGGCGAGCUCAUCCUGGGCGGCCUGUUCCCUGUGCACGAGCGCGGCGAGCACGCGCCGUGCGGACCGAAACUCUACAACCGCGGCCUGCAGCGGCUCGAGGCCAUGCUGUUCGCCGUGGACCGCAUCAACAGCGACGACUCGCUGCUGCCGGACAUCCCGAUCGGCGUCAACAUCCUGGACACGUGCAGCACGGACACGUACGCGCUCAACCAGUCGCUCGAGUUCAUCCGCACCUCACUGGAUGUGAUGGACACGGUGUCGUUUGAGUGCGCCGACCUCUCAACCCCGCAGCCCAAGUACCGCAGCAAGCCGGUCAGCGGCGUGGUGGGCGCCUCCUACAGCACCAUCUCCAUCAACGCUGCCAACCUGUUCAGGCUGUUCCGCAUCCCGCAGAUCUCACCCGCCUCCACGGCGCAGAGCCUCAGCGACAAGUCGCGCUUCGAGUUUUUCGCGAGGACGGUGCCGCCGGACACGUUCCAGGCCACGGCGUUGGUGGACGUCGUGCAGCUCUUCAACUGGUCCUACGUCAGCACCGUGGCGUCUGAAGGAUCGUACGGCGAGAGUGGCAUCGAUGCCUUCCAGCGUCAGGCCGUCGAGAGGAACAUCUGCAUCGCGGUGCUGGAGAAGGUGCCACGCGACGCCGUCGCCAAACACUUCGAGGCCAUCAUCCUGAGCCUGAAGAAGAAGCCAAUGGCCAGAGCGGUGGUCCUCUUCGUUCGGGCGGAGGAUGCGAGGGGGAUUCUCAUGGCCGCCAAGAGGAUGAUGCUAUCGGAGCGCUUCUUCUGGAUCGCCAGCGACGGCUGGGGCAAGCAGGACAACCUGGUGCAGGGCCUGGAGGACGUGGCUCAGGGCGCCAUCACUGUCGAACUGUCCUCCAAACACAUUCCCGAGUUUGACAACUACAUGGCGUCGCUGACGCCGUUCAACAACCGGCGCAACCCGUGGUUCAAGGAGUACUGGGAGACGCUGUUUCAGUGCGAGCUGGACGUGUCGGCUGAGGUGCCGUGUGAUCCUAAGCUGCGACUGCUGCCAAAGUAUGGGUUCGUGCAGGAGUCCAAGGUGCAGUUUGUGAUUGACGCUGUGUAUGCGUACGCGCACGCCCUGCAAAGUUUGCACCGCGACGUCUGCCCUGGACACAGAGACGUGUGCAUGGCGAUGAGAAAGUACGACGGAGGACAGUUUUACAACAACUACAUACUCAACGUGUCGUUCACAGACAUGGCUGACAGUAAAGUGAUGUUCGAUGAGCGUGGAGACGGCCUGGCUCGCUACACCAUCUUCAAUUAUCAGCGCAGCAGGGACGGCCAAGGCGCUUAUACGGUGAUCGGCAGCUGGGACGGCGGCCUGCACCUGGACCCGGCUGACGUGCAGUGGCACGGGGCAGACGAGCCGCAGACCACCCCGCUCUCUGUCUGUGCUCUGCCCUGCCGCGUCGGCGAGGUCAAACGUAUGCAGCAGGUCAGUGAUGUGGUGUGGCCGGGUCGGCCCAGCGGACUCGGUUGGAGGGAGUGUGAGAGGAAGGGGUACGGUCUCGACCUGAGCCCACGAGCGGGUACCAGGUGGGCUGUGUGGUCUCAGCUGGUCAAUUAUGACCGGGGCGAGCCACCAUACAUCUCCGCCGGCCGGCGCCUGGGCCGCGCUGGCCGGGGAAGCCACGUCCCAUCCGGGGGCCGGUUGCGCUGA